CGAUCGGCGGUGCGCUGUGUCCCUCGGACACAGCGGAUCACUGAUCCACGGAAAGAGCCGAAGAUGUCGGCUCGGUCAUGUGAUCAGCUGUGUCCAAUCACAGCUGAUCACAUCAGUGCCACCUGUCAGUGUCCAUCAGUACCAGCUCUCAGUGCUUAUCCAUGCCACCUGCCAGUGCCCAUCAGUGCCACAUCAGUGCCACAUUUCAGUGCCCAUCAGUGCCACAUCAAUGCCACAUAUCAGUGCCCAUCUGAGCUGCCUUUCAGUGCACCUAUCAGUGCCAGUCAGUGCCACCUAUCAUUGCCAGUCAGCCACCUAUCAGUGCUGCCAAUCAGUGCCACCUAUCAGUGCCAGUCAGUGCCGCCUAUC